CACUCCGCCUUUCCAACUGCAUCCACUUGGCACUAACUCCAGUCAUUGCAUCAAGUGUUGUUUCUGUUACUUUGAAUAUUGACAUUAUCUUGGUUCCUGACAACUCCAUCUAUCCUCUAUAUUCAGGCAAAAGCCCACAGUUAAACCCUUUGUUCCUUUUAUCACCUUCUUCUAUCGCCCAGUUGGAGGAGGAUGUGCCCCGAUAUCAACUCACUUCCCCCGUCGCGUUCCUCUUCUGCCUCCCCGCGUCAAGCACGGAAUCUCCACACUUCUUCUGACAGCCAGCAGCAUUCUUCAUCCGGGUUCUCCCCUGCAUCGGCCACCGUGAGUAAUAAUAACAACAAUAAUCAGAACAACCAUCAUCAUACCUCGGAGGUCCCUCGUCGGCCUUCCCGCAGCUCUCGUGCGGGCAUGCCGGGGCCAGAGCGACGCCGGUCCGCUGCCGGUGCCAACUUUAACCUGAAUAAUAAUGAGCCGACUGGGGACUCCAUGGCCCCGUCCGACCACCGCUCCUCACUAGGUCCCCAUGGACUUCGGACGUCUAGCCCAUCGAGCCUCGGAGGCAGCCCGAUUAUUGCGACCGGGGACCCGCAUCAUCAACGUGCCCCUUCGUUGGGGGAGCUGCAUCAAGAAUUGGAGCAGGAGCAAGAAGCCCAAGUGGUAUGAACCCGACCGUCACCGUAUCAUUGCCGUGGCGGUUAAAUUGCCACCCCCUUGUCGAUACAUGUCAACUAAUCUGCAGCAAUUACAGCAGCAGCA